GCAAAAUAUAAAAGGAAAAACAACUCCCUCGCUCUAUCCUCAUUUUCUUAUCCACUCUAUAGCACUGCUACACCAUUUCCCUAACGGGGAAGAACAACAAUGGCUGUGCAUUGCUCUUCCUCUUCAGUAAUAUUUGCCUCACAUUCACCACCCAAAUCUUUCUCUUCAUCACACAAUAAGACCCUUUUCUUGGGUUUCUCACUUGCUUCAAAGCCUUCCGUUGUGCCCAAUAAGACCCCUAAAGCUGCUACUCAAAUUCGUUGCCAAGAAAAGACACCUCAUAUUCCUCUUGAACAACGAUGGAUGUUUGAAGGGUCUGAAAUUGAUGGCCCUGACAUUUGGAAUAAAACAUGGUAUCCCAAGGGUGCAGACCAUGUGAACACGGACAAACCUUGGUACAUUGUUGAUGCCACUGAUAAAAUUCUUGGAAGAUUGGCAUCAACUAUAGCAAUACAUAUCAGAGGGAAGAAUCUUGCAACAUACACUCCAAGCGUGGACAUGGGUGCAUUUGUAAUAGUGAUUAAUGCUGAGAAGGUUGCUGUAUCUGGGAAGAAGAGGACCCAAAAACUUUAUAGGAGGCACUCAGGGAGACCCGGUGGGAUGAAAGUAGAGACUUUUGAUCAGCUUCAACAAAGAAUUCCCGAAAGAAUUAUUGAGCAUGCUGUCCGUGGCAUGCUCCCAAAAGAGAGGCUUGGUAGACAAUUAUUUAACCAUCUUAAGGUCUAUGCGGGUCCAGACCAUCCUCACAAGGCGCAGAAGCCAAUCGAGUUGCCUAUAAGAGACAAGAGGAUACAGAAGCAACAGUGAACUCCAGUUUCCGUGGAACUCCAUCAGCCUGCUGUUUCUCAUUUCCCAUCUCCAGCUGUUUUGUGUUUAACAGGCAUAAACCUCACUGUUUAAACCUCAUUUUAAUGCUUUAUUCUGGAGGCUAUCCAGUACAAAUUUAUUUGCCUCUAGAGCUCUUGUCUGUGUAGGUUGGCUAUCCAGUUUUGUAUGUGAAAUUCACAAUAUUUGACCCCCGUUUAUAGUUUGGCCUAUCUAUGCCCCUACCAUUA